GCGCCACCGGUAGGCCAGAGGUGAGUCACGUGGGCCCUCCGGUUCCGCCGCGGCCGAGGCCCGGGUGUUAACAGUCUCCGGCACCAUGUCUCGUUUGUCUGGCCUACAAGUCCAGCGUGGCCCUUGCCAGUUAGCUUUGCUGCUGUUACCUCUCCUGCUCGGCCCCAGUUCGGUUCUCGCCAUCUCCUUCCAUCUGCCCAUCAACUCCCGCAAGUGCCUCCGCGAGGAGAUCCACAAGGACCUGCUGGUGACCGGCGCUUACGAGAUCACCGACCAAUCUGGGGGCGCUGGCGGCCUGCGCACCCACCUUAAGAUCACAGAUUCUGCUGGCCAUAUUCUGUACUCCAAGGAAGAUGCAACCAAGGGGAAAUUUGCCUUUACCACUGAAGAUUAUGACAUGUUCGAAGUGUGUUUUGAAAGCAAGGGAACAGGGCGGUUACCUGACCAACUCGUGAUCCUAGACAUGAAGCAUGGAGUGGAGGCGAAAAAUUAUGAAGAGAUUGCAAAAGUUGAGAAGCUCAAACCCUUAGAGGUAGAGCUACGACGCCUAGAAGACCUGUCAGAAUCUAUCGUUAAUGAUUUUGCCUACAUGAAGAAACGAGAGGAGGAGAUGCGCGAUACCAAUGAAUCAACAAACACUCGGGUCCUAUACUUCAGCAUCUUUUCAAUGUUCUGUCUCAUUGGACUAGCCACUUGGCAGGUCUUCUACCUUCGCCGCUUCUUCAAGGCCAAGAAGUUGAUUGAGUAAUAAGGCCUACUCUCCUCCCACCUUGUAUCUCAGCCAGCAGAACAUCACUGGGACGUGCCUGGCCUAAGGCAUCCUAUCAACAGCACCAUAAAGGCACGUUGGAACUUACUUGCCAGAACUGAUGUCUCUUGGUGUGGGAGGACAUGGGUUACCACCUACACCCAACAAGUCAUUGAGGGACUUCUUUUUAACUUGAUAGGAUUUGGACUGGUUUUGCAACAAUAGGACUUAAUAGAGUCACCUGUGACAAAAAAAAUAGGGGUUACCUAGAUAAUGCCAAAGCCAGCAUUUGUACUGGGUUUCCUCAUGUGAUCUGUUUGAACCAUGUUUUCUUUCCUUCUCCCACUUGCUCACCAGCUUGGGCUUCCACCCUAGUUCCUUUACCAAGAUUUGAAUGACCAUGUGGAACUUGUUUCAUUCUCAUUGUCCUCUUUGGAUUUCCGUGUGAAAACACCCUUAACUUUAUCUUAACCGUUAGCUGAAAUGUUUAGGUAGCUUCUGGAGGUGUCCUUCCUUAAUUUUAUGUCUCGUAAAAGGGUGAUGGAUGUGACACCUCAUAGAAAUGAGCUUUGAACUAUAGAUAACUCUUUAAAAACUUUUUCAUUUUAGAGAAUUAAAACAUUUGUGCUCAACUGCUUGAAUUUUCUUUUUGUGUAUUUAUGUGUAUUUAGUUCUAUGCAGUUUUUAUUACAUAUGUAAAUUCAUGUGACCACCACCACAAAAUGGAAAACAGUUCCAUCACAGGGAUCCCUUGCUACCCUUUUAUAGCUACAGCCACCUCCCUUCCUUACUCCCAAGCCCCAACCUCUGGCAACCACUAAUCUGUUCUCUGUCUCUCUAAUUUUGUCAUUUCAAGAAUGUUAGAUAAAUCAGCAGUCACCAACCUUUUGGACCACCGGUUGGCAACCAUUGAUAUAAAUGGAAUUAUAUAGUAUGUAACCUUUCGAGAUUAACUUUUUUUUUUAUCCUCACCUGAGGACAUUUUUUCCAUUGAUUAUUAGAGAGCGUGGAAGGGAUGGAGGGAAGGGGAGAGAGAGAAACAUCAAUGUGAGAGAGACACAUCUAUUGGUUGCCUCCCACAUGUGCCCCAACUGGGGCCAGUGAUCAAACCUGCGACCCAGUUCGUGCCCUUGACCAAGAAUCAAACCCUUGACCUUCGGUGCAAGGGCUGACAUUCUAAACAUUGAGCAAUACCGGCCAGGGCAAGAUUAAAUUUUCUCACUCAGCAUAAUGCCCUUGAAGUCAAUAGUUGGUUCCUUUUUAUUGCUUAGUAGUAUUUCAUGGUAUUGAUGUACCACAUUUUGUCUAUCCAUUUACCCAUUGAAGGACAUUGGGGUCAUUUUCAGUUUUGGGCCAUUACUAAUCUUCUGUGAACGUUCAUGUACACGUUUUUAUGUGAACAUAAAUUUUCAUUUCUCUGGGAUAAAUGCUCUCAAGAGGGCAAUUGCUGGGUUGUAUGGUAAGCAUGUUUAAUUUUUUUAAGAAACCGCCCUACUUUUUUUCUAGAGUGAGUGCCAUUUUAUUUAUGUUCCCACCAGCAAUGUAUGACCAAUCAGGUUUCUUCACAUCCUCACCGAUAUUUGCUGUUAUUUUUAUUUUAGUCAUUCUGAUAAAUGUAUGUAAUGAGACCUCAUUAAGAUUUUUACUUGCAUUUUUCUAAUGGCUAAUGAUGUUGAACAUCUUUUCAUGAGCUUAUUUGCCAUAUAUAGCUUCUUCAGUGAAAUAUCUGUUCAUGUUCUUUGCCCAUUUUCUAAUUAGAUUAUUCUUUAUACUAAUGAAUUUUGAACAUUCUUUAUAUAUCCUACAUACGGCUCCUUUGUCAGAUAUGUGGUUGCUUGAAUUUUUAACAUAACAGGUACCAAGGGAAAAAAUUAGAAAAUUUACCAAAUCUUAUAUGGCCAGCCACUGAGUUAAUUCCUGACCCUUAUAUGUCCCCGAGACAUAUGAUGUAUUUAAAAAAACAACACUGGAAGGAUCAUCAUGAAUACAGUAAAUACUUGAGAAUACAUGUUGUGAAAGCAAAGCCAAGAAUCACUAUGAGUAUGAGGUACCUAAAGGCCAAUACUGAUAAAAAUAAUGUGGAUACAAAUUACCAUGUUUGUAAACAGUUAUGAAAAAUACUAUCACUUGAAAUUUUCCCCACUGCUCCCAGGAAAGGAGCUAGGAGUUCAUCCUUUCUGCACUCUCUUUUUAAAACCCUGCCAACUGUUGUUACAGGGCUUGUCUAAUCACAAUGGCAAGAAGUAUAGGACUUAGGGCCGUGCAGCUUGCAGUUAAGCAGCAGCAUGUUGGAAUUAACAGAACACUGCGGUGAUGACCUGGAUAAAGUCCAAAGGUGGAAGAGGGAGUGAGUUAUGUUGUUAAAAUCUCAGGCAGUUCUGUUAAUGUUCCAGCUAUUGUGAACCCAAAAGCCUUUUCCCCUCUUCUUUUGACUCCAUGUAUGCAUUUCUCUGGUGUGGCAUAAAAGUGGUUCCUUAAUUUGUGCAACAUCGCCAUCUGCUGUUAAAAAUUGAUAAGAACUACCUUUGAGGACCUCGCAGCAAAAUCCUUGUCAUAAAGGCAGCAGAUGUAGAGGAAAUCUAUCUGUGAUAUUACAUUACUAAACGACAGAAGAUACAUCCAAGUGAAGAGAAUGACCAAAUUUGUGGGUUAAAAUUUCCUUAGACGUUUAACGGUGAAGUUUUGUACCAUUGGUCUAAUAAGAUGCGCUUUCAUAUUUCUGACUGGUGCCUUUCCUCUUUUUACAAGCAAUGAAAGCUACUUAGUUGGUGAUCGUACUCUGCUCUGACAAAAUGUCAAAGAAGAAAAUAGAAUAGGCAAAUAUUUUAUUUUGCUGAUGUUUUUGUUCCCAAAUGUGAUUUAUGAAACUAAAAAUCCUUUCAUGUCCUUUCCUUUUAUUCAUGCCAAAACUAUCAAUGAGAACAUUUGUGUUUUUGGUAUUGUUAUUAUUUGGUUCAUUGGUAUUAUAACUUGAUGUUAUCAAAAAAGUAAAUUUAUUUGCCUUUGAUAAAAGGCUAGUGCAAGAGCAAAUUAGAUUUUAAAAUGAGGAUGUUAUCUGGUUCCCUCUGUUCUUGAGCCUAUUUUUCAACAGGGUGUAUAAAAUAUAGAUGAGAGUGAUGCGGUUUAAGUCAGCUUUGUUAUACCAUUGUCAUAAACCAUUUUUCUGUUUGUUUAAUGGAAAGAAGCAUGUGGGAUUUAUACAGAUUCACUUGUGUUGGAUGGGGAUUUUUGUGUAAAUUUUCUCAAAUAAAGGCUAGCAGAAACCA